AUGGUGAACAUUGUCUUCAUCAUGCGCAUUCACGCUUUAUACCACCGAAGCCGGAAAGUUUUGAUAUUCUUCACGCUCCUAUGUCUAGCUGAAUUUGGAGUAGAGUUUUAUAUCUGCUGGGUCGUCAGUCGUGAAACGGCCAAUGCAGCCUUCAAACCUCCCAUCCCGGGAUGGCGUGGAUGCCUGACGUCCCCAAUAUCAGUUAGCAUUCACUCGCUAGCCGCAUGGUGUAUUUGCGCCGCAGUUGGCUUCGUAUUCUUCGCUUUCACGCUGUUCAAGUUCAAGGAUUCGCUGAAGGACGAUAAUGGCAGAGUCCAACUAGACUUGAUCAAAGACUUGAAAUAUCUGUCUCCUCUCCUGAACGUCUUAAUGCGAGACGGUGCCAUGUUCUUCUUCAUUAUUCUUGGUACGCUGCUCUACCCUUUACGAGAAUUCGUGGAUUAA